AUGGAUAAAAUCGGUUUUAUCAAAAAGGAUAUUUACAAUCUUGAAUGUAGUGUGAAUGGGAAGCUGAGAAACCACGAUGUUCAACUAGUGACCGAGUAUUUUAUGGCUGAACAGAAAAAAAAUGAGGCUUUUUAUUUCAAGAUUGAGGGAGAUGGCGAAGACAGGUUUAGUCGAUGUUUUUGGGCAGAUGCAACUUCUAGACGGGCUUACAGGUUUUAUGGAGAUGUUGUUGUAUGCGAUACCACAUUCAACACUAAUCGAUACGACUUGACAUUUGCACCAAUAUUGGGAGUUUAUAACCAUGGUCAGACAAUUGUCUUAGCAUGCACAUUUUUUAGCAAGGAAACGACUGAGUCGUUUAUUUGGAUGUUUGAGGAGUUUAAGAAAGCCAUGCCAGGUGGCGAACCUAAAACGAUCAUUACAGAUCAAGAUGCGGCCAUGACCAGAGCGAUUUCAAUAGCCUUCCCGACUACAUUUCAUCGACUUUGCAUAUGGCACAUCACAUCAAAGUUCCCUGUUAAGUUACCACAUUCUGCUUAUAAGGAGUAUUGGCGUGAAUUUCAGAAAGCAAUAUGGGAUACUAACAAUAAGGAUGAGUUUGAUGCGAAGUGGAAUAUUGUGGUUACAAAGGCUGAGCUCAAAACAGAGGAUGCUUCAAAAGUUGUCUUUAAUGUGAGCGAAAGGAAAAAUUGGCAAACAAGAGUGGCAGAAGUUGUAUAUGUCAAAGAUUCUGACCAUGCAUCGUGUAGCUGCAAAAGAUUUGAAUUUGUUGGGAUUAUUUGCAAGCACAUCCAAGCGUUGUUCAGAAGGGACCAGAUUGAAUAUAUGCCCGAUAAAUAUAUUUUGAAUAGGUGGAAGAAAACUGCGAAAGCUGGAUUGGUGUCAGAUGCAAAUGGCAACGAAAUUAAACACUGUGCAGAUCCUGGUCUUUUAAUAAAGCGGAGUACAAUGUCCCGACUUGCUUCAGAUGUGGUUGAGGAUGCAUUAAUGUGUGAAGAAGGAUGUGAGCUAGUGUCAGAGACUCUAAAAAGUUUGCGGGUGAAGUUGAAGUUGUUGAAGGAUGGACCAAGUAAUAACGAAGUUGGAGGGUCUAGCUCUCAAACACAAUAUAUGAAAGACCCUAAGAGAGAAAGGUGCAAAGGAAGGUCGAAACGAGUAACGGGAGCAAAGGAAAAGGCAAUGAAGCGAGGGAUUCGACACUGUCAGGAGUGUGGAGACAUUGGUCAUGAUAUAAGACAAUGCCCAAGAAAUUUGAACACACCGUAA